GACUAAAGAAGAAGCUCUGGAGUAUGUGCUAUCAUUUCAAGCGAAUAAUUUGGAAUCUUCGCCAACUCCACAGCUCUCUGCAACGUUCGGUCGCUCGGUUCCAUCGCUGUAAGCUCUCUCUCUCUCUCUCUCUCUCUCUCUCUCUCUCUCUCUCUCUCUCUCUCUCUCAAUAAUGGAGUAAGAAUGAAAAAAACUGCAGAAUCCAAAAGCCAAAGAUCAAGCAGCCAAAUUAACCGGCCCUUAUCUUGUGUUUGGUCGCUCGAAUUCAGGCGUUUGCAUGGAAAGUUAAUUCAAUGGUUUUCUGUUCUUUAUGCGGUUUGUCUCUCAAUUUUCCUAGAUUGUAAUUUUCUUGAUAAUGUAAUUUGAUAUCUUGUUUGAAUCUGGAAUUGAUGAAGUAAAAUGAUAUUUCUGUUUGAAUUUCAUUUGUUGGAUGGAUGUUUUAUAUUUAUGAUAUUGAUGCCAGACAUUUCUUUUCUACUCCAAGAAUUUUUAGUUGUUUGUGAGACUUGACCCUUCGUCUUGUGCACGGGGUAUAUGGUGUCUUCCAACUUGGCUACCGCCCCACUUGCCUAUUCUACUUUGACCUAGUGUUUGGUUGCUCAAAUUUACGGGUUUUGGUACCGCGCGUUCCCAUUCUGCUUUGAUUUUGUGUUUGGUUGCUCAAUUUUUUGCGGAGGUACGACACAGCUUGUUCGCUUUUUUCUCGGAGCACAAGCAUUGCGGUAUCAAUGGCUUAAUAUGGAAAGUUGAUUUUAGUGUUUUCUGUUCUCUUAUUAGGCUAAACAUGGGAGGCAAGUACUACAUAAUAGGUUCUCUUGUGGGAUCCUUUGCUAUCGCGUACCUGUUCGACCAUUACGUUGCUGACAAGAAGAUAUUUGGAGGCACGACCCCAAGAACUGUCGCAAGCAAGGAAUGGUGGGAAGAGACUAACAGAAAGUUCGAUAGAGGAUGGCCUCGGACUGCAGGCGCUCCGGUGGUCAUGAAUCCCAUCAGCCGUCAAAAUUUCAUUGUCAAGGAACGUGUUGAAUCUUGAAGCUCCUCCACCUUACAAGCCUGUGACUUUUGCCUGGUUUUCCCUGUAUUACCACUCUCUGGUUGUGAAUAGGAGGUAUCUAGUUACGAGUAGGAGUCAUUUAGUUGUUUAUUUAGCAAGGUUUUUCAGAUUGUGUUGCAAAUAGUAGUUGUUAAUAGAUUUCGGAGUCUUGGGACAAUCAUGUCUUUCGCAUUCUGUUUUAUGUUCUUUACAUACACGCAGGGCCUGUUUAUAGUUCAGAUUGCUUAUUUGCUAAUUGUGUAAUCUGCCUUGCUCUGUUUUGGGUAUGAAUGUUGCAUGACUCGUUUCGUUUUUU